AUGACCGCCCGCAAUCACCGCGCGCAAUCGAGCGCGUCUGUUUCGGUGCGCAGCGCUGUCGGUGUCCGCCCGACCAGCAGCGCAUCCACCACGAGCCGCCAUUCGUUCGACCAGCACGACCUCCAAGCCCAGUUCCAGCGCAGCCAGCACCAACCCACUCCGCCACCCGUCUCCUUCAAUCAGCAGCUGCAGUACAAUUCGUCUUUUGCAGGACCGCUUCUACAGGCCGCCCAACAUGUGAGCCAGCAAGAGAAUGUAGCUAUGGACCCAGUCCACCAGCUAGUGGGCUACGUGGGAGACGCACAGAAUGGCAUAGGCCCGACGCACGGCUUGCCCCUACAGCACAUCGACCCCAACGCACACCAAUCCUUUCAAUCAACGCAAUCACAAUCGCAGCAGUUUCCGGUAGAGCAACAGCACUUCGUGGCGACACCCGUGGAGGUAGAAGACAAGAAGAAGAAGACUGGAGGGCCUACCGCUCAGAAUGACAAAGAGCUGCGCGAGAUGCUUCGGCACAACAUGGGCCGCAAGCUGAAGGAGGUCGCUGCGGAAGUGCUUGCCACAGAUCGCACUUCAAGAUCAGAGAAAUCGAAACAGCUCUUCGCUAUGCUCUGGUUACAGCAGGCCUGCACCAUUGGAAAGACGUCAGUACCACGAAACCGUGUCUUCUCCAAGUAUGCAAGCCGAUGCGCCAACGAGCGUGUGGUGCCAUUAAAUCCUGCUUCCUUUGGCAAGCUGGUACGGGUCAUUUUCCCCAAUAUCCAGACUAGGCGACUCGGUGUUCGCGGAGAGUCCAAAUACCACUACGUGGACCUUGAGAUGGUUGAUGAUGACGAGACCCAACCUCCGCGCCAGAUGCCCCGUGUUCCGACAUCGCGCGGUCCCCUGAAGCGACACGAUUCCUCCGCUUCCCAGCCGCGCAUGUCCGCCGAUACUGCCGCAUUCCCUUCUCAUCAACAACAGUCUUAUUCGACAACAAAUUACUACCCACAAAACUCAUCGAAAGGCCGCUGCUAUGCCGACAUCCACUCGCCGCAGACUGCAGGAUAUGAGUACGAGCUUCGGUUCCCUACUCCGGAGCUUUUGAACAAUGUGGAAAGAGAUCCCUUGGAGAUUGUUAUGCCGGAUGUAUUGCCGUACCUCCCGGAAGGAACAGACCCAGAUGCCUCGGAAGCACUUGUAGCUCUGUACAAGAGCCAUAUUACUUCGCUUGUCGACGCUGUGCGAUUCUGCAAGGAGAAGCAGUUCUUUCGGCUCUUCACAUCUUUCCAAGGAACCUUGACAGUACCUGUCGCAAAGCUCUUCGCCAUGGAAAAACUCAGCCCAUGGAUUCGCGAGUGUGACUGGAUGAUGUACCAGAAAAUGAUCCGCAAUGUUGCCCAACUUACACUUCAAGUCGCACCUGCACCGGUCCUCAAGUUCCUCGACAAUGUCUGGAAGUUGCUUCAUUCCCACAUCAGCAAGGCUUUCCAGAACCUCCCCGCAACUGUCUUAGCGGCUAGGCUGGAACCUGCAACUGUGUUCUCCCAUCUCCUCCGACAGAUGCUCCGCGUUAACUCCACGGCACACGCCGCAGCUGUCAUGUUGACCGUGGACGAGAACCGUGAUCGUAUGUGGGGCGAUUACCAGGCAUAUGUUAACAUCAAGCGCAUCUUGGAGAAUGAACUGCCGCACUCGUGCAAUCAUGAGCUAGUGGCUGAGAUUCUGUCUAAAGAGAUUCGUGCCAUAUUCCUUCCACUCAAGUCCGAAAUGUGGUUACCUGAUGGGACCUUCUAUCAAAUUUCGACUCCAGAUCCGCCUGUCGAUAUCCUGCAAGAAACUGUCAUUGAUCGGAUUGCGGCGUUCCUCACUAGGCUUCCGUCUCGCUUUCCCGAUCUUUCAGCACGCACAGUACUCCACACUCUAAAUGCAAUCAGUACAGCCAUACUGCGUGAGAUAACUGUUGAGAAUGGGCCGAGCUUCCAGGGCUGGUGGCUGACCAAGGUGUUUGUUGAUGAGAUGGCCGUCUGGCUGGCAUCUUUGGGAGGCUUUCUGUCACACCAAUUCCCUGUUCCGGAUCCCAGUUCUCCAGGGAUGCUCGGUGAGUCGAUGAAUGCUGGCAUGGCCACUGGCAGCAGUGGAAGUCAGAAUCAAAGCCGCUUUGGCAGCGAAGAGUUCGGUACUGGCGCGUCCUUCAUGGGUGGCAAUGGUAGUGCUUCUAUGCACGGACCGAGCAACAUGUCGCAUCCAGACAGCCAACACCGACAGAUGACUGCAGCACAAGCUUUCGACCUUGAGUUUGCUCUCUCUCAAGACACCGCUCUUGACGAUAGUGGGAUCAACCUGGACGACAACAUUGAAGCCAAGUUUGCCGCCGCCAUGCAGCAAUUCCCUCCAGUGUCUCAGAUGCCCGCCUGA